AUGAUCAUCAAUGAAUCGGAUAUAAUUCUUGUAUCAGACAACGAAAAGAGGGAAUCACAAAAACACGAGAGCCUUCGUCUUUCAUUUUCUGAGGAAUCGGUCAGUUUUAAGAGUUAUAAUGCAGAAAGCGAACACUUUCAUAUUUCUUCUCAGAUAUCUUGCGGAUCAAGAAAGAUUGGCGAAGAAAAAGAACGGAACAAAAGUAGAAAAGUUCCUUCUCUGCCUUCUGUUUUGAAUGAAUUCUUCGGCGUUUAUUGUUUGCUAAGUAGAAGUCCAAAGAAAUAUUUUAAGAAUAGAUGUUAUAUUGGUUAUACUGUUGAUCCAAAUCGUCGAAUACGCCAACAUAAUGCUGGAAAAGAAUUUGGAGGAGCAAGAAAAACAGAUCAUAGAGGACCGUGGGAUAUGGUUUGCAUUAUACACGGUUUUCCAAAUAAUGUAUCUGCAUUACGAUUUGAGUGGGCUUGGCAAAAUCCAAAAAAAUCACGAAGAUUACGAAUUCUGAAUUUAAAAAAAAGAGCAAAUGAGACUGCUUUUGCUUUUCGAUUGCGUAUUGCUUGCCAUAUGUUGAAUAGCGAUCCAUGGCGUCGUCUCUCUUUAACGUUUCGAUGGCUCUUACCUGAUUUAGAAAUUCCGUUCCCGACAGAUGCUUUACCCCCUCCUCAUAUCAGUGUAGAACGCGGAUCUAUAAUCAAGACAUCUACAUUGAUCCCACAGUUGCAAGAAGAAUAUGAUACUAUCGGAAUCUGCUUAUUGUGCCUAAAAUCAAUAAAUUCAAUAUCCGAACUAUUUCGUUGUUUCGCUAGUAAAGUAUGCAAAUCACGUUUCCAUAUGCGAUGUUUGUCAAAGCAUGCUUUAAAUGUGAAUGACGACUACAAAACUCUGUUAUUUCCUAUUCAAGGACAUUGUCCCAAAUGCGGUAUGUCAUAUCUGUGGGGCGAAUUGGUGAGAGAUCAACGAAUUCUUCUAGCAGUUAGUGAGUUCAAUUCCAGUGGUACAUCAUCUAAUAUGAUACCUCAUCAACUUAUCAAGUUUUGA